GAGGUGUGAGCCUGUCCGGUUUUCGCGCCUUUUUGGUGUCGCGGAGGAUUGUGGGAAGGAGAAGUGCGAGGAGACCAGGCGGAGGACUUAUAAUAAUUAUAAUAGGAAUAAUAAUGAUGGAGAGGGACGAGUCCUCCAACUCCUCGGACGGGGGAGUCGGGGAGAGGGCCCGGGAGGAGCUGGAGAGUCUGUGCGGAGAACUGAACCUGGAGGAGGAGACGGCGGUCCGGACACUCAGCAACUUCACCCGGACACGGAGCACCUACAGCCUGGAGGGCGAUGUGAAACACUGGCUUGCAUGCGCAUUGUACGCAGAGUGCCGGAAAGUCGUCAUUCCAACUGUUGGAAGAGGUAUUAUGGAGGGAAAUGGAGUGUCCCUCACUCGUAUACUCCGUUCAGCCAAACUUAGCCUGAUUCAGUUCUUCAAUAAAAUGAAGAAGUGGAUGGACAUGUCAAACCUUCCCCAGGAAUUCAGAGAGCGAGUAGAACGGCUGGAAAGGAACUUUGAGGUAUCUACAGUAAUCUUCAAAAAAUUUGAACCAAUAUUCAUGGACAUGUUUCAAAAUCGCCAUGAAGAGCCUCCUAGGCUUCCUAGAAGUAGGAAACAAAGGAAGUUGCAGUGUAAUGUUAAAGAUCUUUUCAACUUCUGCUGGACUCUAUUUGUAUAUGCAAAGGGAAAUUUUAGUCUGAUUGGCGAUGAUUUGGUUAACUCUUAUCACUUGCUUUUGUGCUGCCUGGAUUUGGUUUAUGUUCAUACUUUGCAGUGUCCUCAUAAAGAUGACCUUCUGAAUCCAUCAUUUACAGCAAAGUUGCCAGUUCCUGAUAUGGAUAGCAUUGGUGAUGAUGAUCCUCCCUGCAUUAUCAAUGCACUGUGUGAAUACUACGAUGGGCUUGCAGUGGAAGCCAAAGGGAUAAAAGAGCAUUACUUCAAGCCUUACAUCUCAAAACUCUACGACAGAAAGAUUCUUAAAAGGGACUGCUUGCUGGACCUCUCUAGCUUCCCGGAUAAUAACAAAGCUUUGAACAGAGAAUAUGAGGAAUAUGUGCUAACAGUGGGGGACUUUGAUGAGCGUGUGUUUUUGGGAGAUGAUGCAGAAGAAGAGAUUGGAACACCAAGGAAGUUUAUUGCAGAUCUCCAUAUUGGCAACUGCACACCAAGAAAACAAGUGGAGUCAAACCUCCAACAGCAUUUUGAGAGGAGGCGAUUUGCUCCUUCCACUCCACUAACUGGUAGAAGAUACCUGACAGAGGAAACUGUUACAAUUACACCUGUAUCAUCAGCAACACAAUGUGUGAGCAAACUGCAGAGCAUGGUGACCGGACUCAGGAAUUCCCCCAGUGAGCAGCUUCUUAAUGUCUUUAGGGUAUGUGCUCGAAACCCCAUGGAGAAUAUUCAGAAUAUUGUGAAGGACAUUGGUCAGAGGUUUUGCCACCAUUACACGCAACCAUCAGGGGAUCAGGCUGGUUCUCAUAUGGAUUUUGCAGUUAACCGUUGGAAAUUGGCAGAAAUUUUGUAUUACAAAGUUUUGGAGUCGAUAGUUCUCCAAGAAACAAGGCGCCUUCAUGGCAAAGACCUAACUGCUCUGCUGGAGCAGGAUAUAUUCCACCAGUCGUUGGCAGCUUGCUGUCUGGAAAUUGUGCUUUUUGCAUACAGCUCUCCUCGUAUUUUUCCUUGGACAAUUGAGGCUCUCAAUAUAAGUCCUUUUUAUUUCUACAAGGUUAUUGAGGUGUUUAUCCGCUCGGAGGAUGGAUUGUCUCGGGAUAUGGUAAAGCACCUUAACACCAUUGAGGAGCAAAUCCUUGAGAAUCGCGCCUGGACGAGUGAUUCUAACUUGUGGGAGUUGCUUCAGGCAGCUGGGUCUGUUCCAACAUGUGAAGAGGUUAUCAUACCUAGCAACUUUGAAACUGGUAAUGAAGCUGGUUUAGGACACCUUCCUAUGAUGCCAGCUUCCCCUAUCAUUCAUCCACGUUUAAAAGAAGUCCGCACAGAUUUUGGAGGCUCAUGUAGGCGAGAUUUACAGCCAUUGUCUCCUUUGUCCGUUCAUGAACGGUAUAACUCUCCUGCUGCUGGUAGUGCCAAAAGGAGGCUUUUCGGAGAUGAUGGACCUAAAGAGUCACCAGUUGAGAGACUUCAUACAACCCCAGAAAUCACUAGAAUAAGAAUUAUUCCUAGCCAGCCACCUGAGCAGCUGUGUAUGUCGCCAGACAAAAUUCUAUCUGGACAGAGGCUAAGCAUACCUUUAGCAGUAACUCUUAAUGGUGGCGGGCAUCCCUCUUCUCCAGAAAAUGAGAAUGGAGUUCAAAUCCCCCUUACUGCCCAAGCUCUGAUCAGUCCAUCCACAAAACGGCAGGUCUUCCGAGCCCAAGACGGAUGUCCCACAUCUGCUAUCAAGCCUAAAAGAACCGGUUCUCUUGCUCUAUUCUUUAGGAAGGUUUAUCACUUGGCAAGUGUUCGCCUGAGAGACCUGUGCUUAAAGCUCGAUUUGUCCAAUGAUCUGAGACGUAAAAUCUGGACGGUGUUUGAAUACUCAUUGGUUCAUUGUACAGACCUAAUGAAAGACCGACAUCUUGAUCAGCUGUUACUAUGUGCCAUUUACAUUAUGGCAAAGAUCACAAAAGAAGAGCGACUAUUUCAAGAUAUUAUGAAAUGUUACAGAAAUCAGCCUCAAGCUCAAAGCCAUGUGUAUAGAAAUGUAUUAUUGAAGAAGGUUCCUCAAGUGGAAGAAGAUGAAGUUGAAACCAGCCAAGAUGUGGAAAUGAUUGAUUGUGACUCUGAUGACACUCCGAACUUAAACAAUGUUGGUACUGACAACCAAGUAGAGAGAGGAGAUCUCAUUACGUUUUAUAACAACGUCUACGUGGAACAAGUUAAAAUGUUUGCACUCAAAUAUGCAGCCAUCAACGGUGAACAUCUGGUUGUGGCUCCUCCUCUGUCUCCAUUCCCGAGCAUCAAACAGCGACCUGUCUCUCCUCGCCGUGUCUCCCAGCAGCACUCCAUUUAUGUGUCCCCGCAUAAGAUCACUGGUUGCCUAACUCCCCGCACUGCUCUGCUCUACAAGUUCAAUGGAAGUCCAUCUAAAAGCCUGAUGGAUAUAAACUGCAUGAUUAAACAGGACCAGAGAAGCCGUAAGCGAGCAAUAACAAUUGACAGCGAUUCUGAUUCCCCGGCUAAACGCCAGUGCCAGGAAAACGAUGACGCCUUGCUGAAACGUCUUCAGGAUGUUGUUAGCGAAAGAGCUAACCACUAAUGGUUAUGAGCCUGUCUGUGCGUCCUUUUACCUGCACAUUGCACUAUAUUACAGCACUAAAUUCUACACUGGGACUUAUUUAUUUAAAAAAAAAAGCGCUGCACAUAGCAGCCAAUGAGCUUAUUUUUGGAACAGUAGCGAGUAUUUUGGUGGCCAUGACCAGUGUUUUUACUUCGGUUGUCCUAAAAUUUUUUAUAAAGGAGCUCCACAGUGUUUAUCAUUUAGUAUCUUUUGUCGAUGGCAUUAAUUCCUUGUAUGUAAAAAUGUCAAAAGAUGGGACUCACAGAAAUUGAGUAUUAAUAUAUGAAUUUGGGUGCUAGAACGCAAGCAAGUGCUCCCUUUAAGCAUUAUGACAAAACGUGUACUGCCUUAGUGCCUUGCAUUUUUAUCAGGUGAACCCUGCCUAAGAAGCCCAGCAGUUACUACUGGGAACUUUUAUUCUACUUUGCACAAUCUACAAAACUUGGCUUUUUUUUUUACUUUUAAGGGUCAGUCUACCUGUUUUAGUUACAUGAUCUUUUUAUACCCAGAAUGGAAUUCUGGGUAAACAAAUUGAUCAGUUUUAAGUGGAUUUAGGGGAAGGUCUGUCUUGUGAAGUUUUAAGUGCAUGUCUGGGGGAUAUGCAUUACAAGCACAUAAUCCAUAUGUUAAAAAUCACUGCAGGUACAGCAAAAUGUUAAUCUGCCACAACAUUUGUUUCUAAAUUUCCUGUCUGCACUGACAAAUGCAUAGGAUUCACAUCGCUACAUUAUCCAAGUAGUGUUGUCAGCUGUUGCAGAGUUUUCCAGUCCGCAGGGAGAAUGUUGAAGGGCUGAUACCACUACAUGGGAUUUCAGUGCAGGCAUUACUACUUCAGAUCAUUACCUGAUGGUAGAAGCUCACUGGCUUUCUGGCAGGAGCGAGAACUAUAUUUGGUACUUGCAACCUCUCUAUAAAGAAACAAAACAAAGAGAAUAUAUGUGCGCAUUGCAAUGUGUUCUCUCUACUAUCAAACCGCCCCCCCCCCCCCCCCCAGACAUUACGUUUUAAAAUAUGAAGUUAUGCAAUGUUGCAUAAUAUGAGACAAGUAGCAUACUGCAUUGCAAUAUCUCUAAUUGUAUGGAAGCUUUUUAUGUGUAUACAUGGUUUUAGCAAUCUGUAGUAUGAUUUUAUAACACUCUUGUUUGAGAAUGCACUGUUCUCAAGACACUGUAGCUUUUGCAAGUGCAUCCAUUCACUAUAAAUGUCCUGUUUUUUUUUUUUAUUAAACUAAUUAUAUUUUUAAUAAAACAAAGUAUUUUAGUCCUUCUGCAGCAAACACUUUGCCCAGUUUAUAUUCUGCUUUUGUAAUAGUGAAUCUCAUUCUCUCGACAGGCUCAUUUUUAUUGCGCAUCUUAAGCUAGACAUUGUUGUGUAGUAUCUACACAUUCGUUAUAUUUGUAAUAACUUUAUAUGAAUUGUACAUAAUGAAUUUCUUGGUCUGAUUCUUAUGUGGAGUGAUAUCCUAAAGACUCCCCUAAGGGUCUCAGGUUUCUUGUGUUUGCACAUGUGUAUAAAUGUACAAUAAAGGCUCAUUUCUUUCCCUUC